AAAAAAAAAAUUCAGCUCCUCCUGGAAAAAAAAAAAAAUUCCCCCUGCGUGGGGAGGUGGUGACAGGGGCCAUAAGGGAAGACACGUGCUCCUGGAAAACCACAGCCACAGCCCCAACCACCUGCCAAACCCUUAGCACCACUGCUGCUGCUGCCUGUGAACUGUAGCAUCGAUUUGCUGAGGUUCUUUGGGGCACAGCCUCUCCCCGAGCCCUGGUCCUCCUCCUCCAGGGCUAGCCCUUAUUUGCAAACAGCAACAGGAAGUUUUGAUGCUGCUGAUUAACCAGACUCCCACAGCUCUCGGUGCUUAGUCAUCGCCACCAGUGUCACCCUCCCGCCAGCACCAGCAACACCACCAGCUUCCAGGUAACCGGGAAGAAGCAGCGAGGAUCCCGAGCUUCCAGUGGCUUCCUCCUGCCACCUUCCAGGGGAGGGAAGGGACGAACUUCCAUCCACCCCAACAGUAAGAAUAUGCAGGGCCCUACAUGCCAGGAUGGGAACUGAAUCUAAUUCAACUUCAGCAAUGGGCUGAGGACAGCUUCAUGCCAGGCACAGGGAUAAACUCCUUACACACAGGAUUGCCUUUGCUUUCAUUCAAUCCCCACAACAACAUGUGUGCAGACCUCCCCCCUGGUAACCUAUGUGUGUCCAGCAACUCCCUGCAGCUGAGCACCACUCACACAGGUGGGCAUGGCAUCCCCACAGCCUCUGCAGCACAUGCCUUCAGGGGAAGAGACCUAGCCUCGGGAGACUCAAGGCAUCUCCAGAGUCACAGCCUGAAGAUGGAACCUCAUGCUUCUCUCCUGGGUGUAAAAGCCAUGCAGUCCCUGGAAGACAGGAUCCCCUCCAAGCAUUUCCCAGAAGCCCCAGGGCUGCUUACAAGGCUCUGCCCAUCACCCCCAACGUGGCUGAGCUGGGACCACAUCAGCACCUGGCCUGACUCUUCUACCAGGAUGCCCCCCAAGACCAGCAUGGAUGCUUGAGCCCCCCUCACCAGGAAGGCUGGGGGUGCCCACACGUGGCUGCUGCACCUGCUGUUGGAAACGGAGGCUCCAAAAACAAAACAGGCUCUGCCCAAACCAGUCCUGGUGGCACACAGCCCUGUGGCAGACAAGCCACCUGGAUAA